AUGGGCUUUCUAGAUCGUGGAGAACAUGACAAAGUCGACCCUUCUGCAAAGAGUGGCUCCCAAUUUGGAAGGAAUGCGCUUCCCGCUCCACCCAUAAUUUUGACUACACUACUCCCUACAUCAUUCUUAAACGAUCCUACUCGCGAUGUAUUUUCUUGCAACGACUCCAUUCGCGGUGCAACUUCUCGCGAGCUAUACAACAAUCCGCAACCUCUGGUCCCUGAUAUCGUCUUGACCUUUGAAGACGAACAAGUCUCGGCUCACAAGACUCUGUUGGAGAAGGCUUCAGAAGUGUUCCGUGCAGCAUUCGCAGGCAGCUGGGAUAGCACCGUCUCUCGUCGUUAUGCAAUCGAAGGCUAUUCCAAGAGCGUUGUACACUCCAUGAUCAAACACAUUUACGGGUUCCAGGAGCUUCACGUCACUAUCACGGCAGAGGCGAAUGGCGAGGAAUCUGAUGUCCUGCUUAAGAAAAUGGACUUUUGCUUUCAGAUGUACCUGAUCGGCGGCGAAUAUCAAAUUAAGACGUUCCAAGUGGCAGUCGCCGAAAGGUUUCGACUAUUGAUGGAGGAAACCUGUCCGGGCGAUGGGCGCAAAGGUGACGAAGCCAGCCGACUGGUCAAAAUGGUCGAAGCCGUGAACGCGUUCUUUCAAAUGAACGAAUUGGCUGACUGGGAGUGUGACCCCUCUGUGUCUCACGACUUCACCUUGAUCGCAACAGAUCAGGAGACACGAAGCGAAGACAAACUAUUGUAUCGAAAGAUAAACAAAUGGUGGCCUCCUGUCAAACGCCGUAAUCCCGGGUACCUGACGAGUGAGGAUCUGACGGAUAACGGUCUAUCGGAUGGCGAGUUGGAAGAAGAAUUUGAAGAACAUAUAUCGAUAUUCGAUGAAGGUCCUAUAUACACUGGUGGAAUCGGGGCUCAGGAACUACAUCAUUGGAGUGAUGACGGAUUGAGCGUGUAG